AUGAGAGCAGCUCCCCUCAGCUGGGUGAGGGCUGGAAGCCUGCUUCUGCUUUUCCUCUGGAUAGGCGGAACUGUGGUAGCUAAGGAGCUCAAGUUUGCGACCUUGGUGUUCAGACAUGGAGAUCGAAGCCCCAUCCAGACCUUUCCAAAUGACCCCAUUAAGGAAUCCUCGUGGCCACAAGGAUUUGGCCAACUCACACAGGUGGGCAUGCAGCAGCAAUAUGCACUCGGAGAGCAGAUAAGGAGAAGAUACGGACUUUUCUUGAAUGAGUCCUACAAACGCGAACAGGUUUAUGUCCGAAGCACAGAUGUCGACCGGACUUUGAUGAGUGUCAUGGCAAAUCUUGCAGGCCUAUUUCCCCCCCAGGACAGCAGCAUCUGGAACCCCCGGCUACUCUGGCAGCCCAUCCCAGUGCACACGGUGCCACUCUCUGAAGAUCGGUUGUUAUACCUGCCUUUUAAGCACUGUCCUCGUUUUGAAGAACUGGAGAAAGAGACUUUGACCUCGAUGGAAUUCCAGGAGCGGCUCCUUCCUUACAAGGGUAUUCACAAUUUUACUUUACCCUCCUGGGCCACGGAGGACACCAUGACUAAGUUGAAAGAAUUGUCAGAAUUGUCUCUCUUGUCCCUCUAUGGAGUUUACAAGCAGAAAGAGAAAUCUAGACUUCAAGGGGGCGUCCUGGUCAAGGAAAUCAUUGACCAAAUGAAGAGAGCGACUCAGCCAGCAAACCGCAGAAAACUUGUGAUCUAUUCUGCGCAUGACACUACUGUGAGUGGCCUGCAGAUGGCGCUAGAGGUCUACAACGGGCUCAUCCCUCCCUAUGCUUCCUGCCACAUAACGGAGCUGUAUCUUGACAACGGGAGCUACUUUGUAGAGAUGCACUAUCUGAAUGAGACCCAGCAUGAGCCAUAUCCCCUCACGCUGCCAGGCUGCACCCACAGCUGUCCCCUGACCAAGUUCGUUGAUCUGGUCGACCCUGUGAUCCCCCAAGACUGGUCCACAGAGUGUAUGGCCACGAACAAACACCAAGUUCUGAAGAUCAUCCUUGCCAUUGCCUUUUGCGUGGUGUUCGCUGUGCUCUUGCUGCUGCUGUUUACCCUCAUUCGCUAUGGGCCCUGCUGGCAGAGAGAAUCCUAUCGGAACAUCUGA